AUGCCCUCCUCCUCUACCGACGACGUCCCGGCGACUCCCCGAGUCAUAUCUCCUUCGCCUGUACCAUCGAGUAGGUCAAGCUCACGAGAUUAUUAUGCCGGUCCGACGACUCGGUCGGCAGCGCGACGCCAACGUCUGGUAGAUGUAUCCGAGGAGAGAAGCGAAGACGUGGAUACGGACUCGAGUCGGUCGCCGACCAGGUCUCGCAGCCCAGCUGCUCCUGCUCGUUCAACUCGCAAGCGGCGAUCCAAUCCCAUGAUACCAGCCAGGAAGCCGGAGCCUUUGAAAACCAACGGCCACGUAUCGCCCACCGACUUCCUUUCACCUAAUUCCGCCAAGGGCAAAGGCCGUUGGCACGACAUCUCUCGUUCACCAUCACCUCUGGGCUUGAUCCCACUCCACACUCGUUACCGCAGCUUCAUUCAUCGUCACGAAAUACCGCGCAAGCUUCUUCAUGUCUCCAUCGGCUUUCUCACCCUUCAUCUGUACAGCCGAGGCGUCCAGACUCUCCAAAUCACCCCAUGGCUGUUUUCCGCGCUCGUCCCCAUCGCCGCGACAGACAUUAUCCGCCAUCGCUCCGAGACCGUCAAUAAACUCUACAUUCGCUGCGUUGGCGCCCUCAUGCGGGAAACGGAAGUGUCGGGCUACAACGGCGUGAUCUGGUACCUGCUGGGCGCAUACACUGUUCUCCGUUUCUUCCCCAAGGACGUUGCAGUCAUGGGCGUCCUGCUCCUCAGCUGGUGCGACACCGCAGCCUCCACCUUCGGCCGUCUCUAUGGCCGUCGCACGUUCCAACUGCGCAAGGGCAAGAGCUUUGCUGGAACCCUGGCAGCCUGGGCCGUCGGCGUUGUCACCGCCGCUGCCUUCUGGGGCUGGUUCGUGCCCCACGUGGGACCCUUUCCCAACGAUCCCGAGGGCUCGUUCAUGUUCACCGGCCGUCUGAACCUACUCCCAGAUUCUAUCAAGGGUCUCCUUGGUUGGACCGCCGAUUCCUCGCGCGGGGUCAUCUCCGGCCCGCUGGCACUGGGUGUCAUGAGUGUUGUUUCCGGCAUUGUCGCCGCCGGAAGCGAGUUCGUGGACUUGUUCAGCUGGGACGAUAACUUCACUAUCCCGGUUCUUAGUGGAAUUGGGCUGUGGGGUUUCCUGAAAGUUUUCGGUUAG